AUGCCACUUUCAACAAACGACCAAGUUAAUACUACCGCUGGAGCCCUUGUUGGAGCCCUCCAAGGUGCUUUUGGCAAACACCCGGGAUAUAGACCAGCACACGCUAAGGGAACACUCGUAACCGGUAUUUUUACCCCCACUGCAGAAGCUGCUAAACUCAGCAAAGCCCAACAUUUCAACUCACCCACACCCAUAACUGUCCGUUUCUCGAAUUCCACCGGCAUACCCGUAAUCCCAGACACGGACCCGAAUGCGAGCCCGCGUGGCCUCGGUAUUAGGUUCAAUCUGGGCGGGCGUAAGCACACCGAUAUAAUCACCCAUUCCACUCCAUUCUUUCCUGUGAAGACUGGUGAAGAUUUCCUCGCGUUCUUAGGAGCAUUGGGCGCAAAUGCAGCAUACAAGGGCGAAAGCCCCACGCCAUUAGAAACAUUCUUGGGAUCUCAUCCCGAAACAUUGGCGUUCAUUCAAGCCCCAAAACCUACAGCUGAGAGUUUUGUCGGAUUGAGCUAUUUCGGUGUCAACGCGUUUAAAUUUGUCGCUACAGAUGGUACCAUUACUACUAUUAGGUACCAAGUCCAUCCAACCGUUGGUACUGAAGUCCUUUCGGCAGAGGCCUUGAAAGAAAAAUCGCCGAACUUUCUUUUUGAAGAACUCCCCGGCCGAUUAGCUUCGGGCCCGGUUGAAUUGAAAUUGGUGGCGCAAAUCGCAGAGGAAGGAGAUCCUACCCAUGAUGCGACAGUUCAUUGGCCAGAAUCCAGGAAGAUCGUUGAGUUGGGCACCUUGAAACUGGAAGAGUUAGAGCAGGAGCCGAAGAACUCGGAAGAUCAGAAGUAUAUUAUCUACGAUCCUGUUCCAAGAGUUGAAGGAGUUGAGUCUACAGAUGAUCCCUUGCUGGAUAUGAGAGCUUCGAUUUAUUUGAUCAGUGGGAGAGAAAGGCGGGCGGCUCCAGAGUUGCAAAUUUAG